AAACGAACUGUGCAGUUCUCAACGCUGUCAUCACUGCCCGUCCCUUCCCUUCCCUCUCAGCCAAACAAGUAGAAAAACUAGAAAAAUUUUACUCACAUUCCUCCAAAGUUCUGUGAAACCAUAGUCUAAUUCAAUGGAGAUCGAUUCAUCGAAGAACUCUACUUGCUUGUUCUUCGACUAUGGCUUAAUGGAUGAUAUCUCCGCCGUCUCCGGAUUCAGUUGGCCAUAUCAAGCUCUCAGCUGUUCUACUAAUGUUAGUGCGGAAAUUUACUGCUCAUUUGAGGAUUCAGAAGGCCUAAAGGAAGCAGGCUCCUGCAAACGGUUAAAAUCCGAAUCAUGCAGAAAAUCUGGCUCCAAAGCAUGUCGGGAGAAAUUGCGACGGAAUAGGCUGAAUGAGAGGUUCCUGGAACUGGGUUCCAUACUUGAUCUUGGAAGGCCACCAAAAACAGAUAAAGAAGCUAUUCUUAGUGAGGCUGUCCGAAUGGUGACUCUACUGAGAAGUGACUCCCAGAAGAUGAAGGACUCAAACGAAGAUUUGCAAGAGAAGAUAAAAGAAUUAAAGGCUGAGAAGAAUGAGCUCCGUGAUGAGAAGCAGAGGCUAAAGGCUGAUAAAGAGAAGUUGGAACAUCAAGUGAAAGCCUUGAGUGCACCAACAGGCUUCCUGCCUCAUCCCUCAGCGGCUGGUGCUGCAUUUUCUGCUCAAGGACAAGCUGCUGGCAACAAGUUGAUGCCUAUUAUCGGUUACCCUGGAAUCGCAAUGUGGCAAUUCAUGCCCCCUGCCCUGGUUGACACAUCGCAGGAUCACGUGCUCCGCCCUCCAGUUGCUUGAGAGAUCUCAAUGGUCUGUCUGAAUCUAUUGUUGUCAUUGAAUAUGUCGAGUUUUUGAAGCCGAAAAGACUUGAUUAGAUGAGCAAUCGUUUUUUAAAGACCGACUCAUUUGUGUAUCUUCUGAUUGCUUGUAAUAUACAAUAAAGCUUUCUGUUGGUUUAUGCUUCACGGUUUAUUACCUGAAUGAAGCCCGAUAAAUCGCUGUAAAAAUGUUUCGGUUUUCUUCUGUUCAUGGAUACUUCUUUCAUGAAUAUGCUA